GAGGAGGAGUUUCACCUCAGCACCGUAACAAGCUGGAAAUUCAGGUGUCUGCAGUCACUCACUCACUCAGUCAAGUCAUGCCAGUACUGUACACCGGACUACUGCGGGGACCGUCCACUUCACAUUACAGGAUUUUAACUAACUAAAGAAAGAGUGAAAACAACAUUGAGUCAUAAGAGCGAAGAGUGAAUCCUACUCAUCCUAAGGCUGAUGUCCUCCAAGAGCAGCGUCUGAAACAUGGACGACCCUUUAAAGGUUGACUGAUUCCAGCUGACACCUUCGUAACUAUGCUGCGAGUCACUCGAGGCCUGAUGGCCACACUAGCCACCAACAACCCGCCUAAUUCCCCAACCCAAUUCAGGGAAUGAUCAAACCGUCCUGUCUAGGACAUACGCACCAAGAAACCUCUUACAUACAGGACGGCAGAUACCCCAAAUCCAAUGGCAUGGGCCAAGUUCUUCAGGAGACCAGGAGGCAAUCUUGGCAGGUCUUACCAGCCGGGAUCUAUGCUGUCCUUGGCCCCUACCAAGGGACUACUAAAUGAGCCGGGACAGAACAGCUGCUUCCUCAACAGUGCAGUGCAGGUUCUUUGGCAUCUCGAUAUCUUCAGACGGAGUCUUCGUCAGCUUCCAAACCACUACUGCUUGGGCGACUCCUGCAUCUUUUGCGCUUUGAAGGGAAUAUUCUGUCAGUUCCAGCACAGCCGAGAGCGAGCGUUACCCUCAGAUAACCUGCGUAAUGCCCUAGCCGAAACCUUUAAGGAUGAGCAGCGCUUUCAGUUAGGCUUCAUGGAUGAUGCUGCUGAGUGCUUCGAGAACAUUUUAGAAAGGAUUCACCUGCACAUCGCGCCCGAUGCUGAGACUGAUGCCUGCACGUCCAAGUCCUGUAUCACUCAUCAGAAGUUUGCUAUGGCACUUUAUGAACAGUCUGUGUGUAGGAGCUGUGGCGCGUCGUCCGACCCGCUACCCUUCACUGAGCUUGUGCACUAUGUGUCCACCACAGCCCUCUGCCAGCAAGUCUUGGAGAGGAGAGAUGAAAGGUUUGGGGAGUUGCUUCAAGCUGCCAGCACAGUUGGAGAUCUGCGUAACUGUCCGAGUAAAUGUGGGCAGAGAAUCAAGAUCCGGCGCGUGCUGAUGAACUCUCCAGAAAUCGUGACCAUCGGAUUUGUGUGGGACUCAGAACAGUCAGACCUCACUGAAGACGUCAUCCGAUCUCUCGGACCACACCUCAACCUCUCAGGGCCCACGCCUGAUGACCAGAAAGCCACUGCAGUGGAAGGUCAUCUGACUUCCGAGUGUGUAGAUGGCCUUCAUUACCAGCCUCAUGUGUGGGAGUAUAAAGCCAUGCUUGAGACCUGUUUACCACCAGACAGCCCUUCUGUGGGAUCCAGAUGGAAGGAUGUGGUCACUAAAUGCAUCAAAGGUCACUUCCAGCCCUUGCUCUUGUUUUACUCUAACCCUGAUGGCAGUGCUGUGGUAACAGACGAGGCCCAGCGGACCAACAGCAGUGCUACCCAAAAUAAGAGUUCAGUCAAUGGAGAAGCACCAG